AUGACGCCUUUCUCCGCCAGACGAGUCCUUCGGAACCGGCUCGCCCGAGCUCUAAUAUUAAUCUUUAUAAUCUGGACCUCCAUCGAGCUCCACCUAAUCCAGAGACAAAUCUGCGAAGCAGAAAACAACGCCGUGCGCCAUCAUCCCCAAAAACGAGAACGCAUAUACAUCGCGAGCAUCAACUGGAACAAUGAGCUUGUGCUGCGCAGUCAUUGGAAUAAAGCCCUCCUGCGGCUGGUCUCGCAGCUUGGCCCGGAUAAUGUCUUCGUCAGCAUAUACGAGAGCGGAAGCUAUGAUAACACGAAAGGUGCACUGAGAGAAUUAGACUGGGAACUAGAGCGGCUGCGCGUUCCGCGGAACAUUACUCUGUCGUAUGUGACGCACGAAGAUGAGAUUGCUGCACCGGCGAGAGGCAAGGGCUGGAUUGAGGCGCCUGGUGGGAAGACGCAGCUUAGGCGGAUACCGUAUCUUGCGAGAAUACGGAACUUGGGCCUGUUGCCUCUGCACGAUCUUGCUCGGAAGGGUAUUGUUUUCGAUAAGGUUUUGUUUCUGAAUGACGUUGUGUUUACUCAGCCAAGCGACGUCUUCGAACUAUUGAAUACCAAUAGUGGUGAGUACGGAGCUGCUUGUUCAUUGGAUUUCUCCAAGCCUCCGCAUUACUACGACACAUUCGCUUUGCGGGACAGCAAGGGCAACGAGGCUAUCAUGCAGACAUGGCCGUAUUUUGGUUCCGCAGUAUCGCGGCAUGCGAUUAAACACAUGGCGCCGGUCCCGGUGACGAGCUGCUGGAACGGCAUGGGUAUGGAUCACUCUUUUCUGUAUGUUAUCGGUUUUAACUUUUAUCUAGUGGCCAUGCCCGCGAAGCCCUUCCUCGCCAGCCCACCGCUUCGCUUCAGAGGUAUUCCCGACUCACUUGCGACGCUCCAUCUCGAGGGCUCUGAGUGCUGUCUCAUUCAUGUGGACAAUCCGCUGUCAGUGGAGAAGGGCGUUUACCUUAAUCCUUUGGUGAGAGUCGGAUAUAAUGGUCCUGCGUAUGCGGCCGUUCAUCCCAUGAUGAAUUGGCUGUCUACUUGGGGGAUUCUCCAGGGGCUAUGGGUUAAUCGUUUCCACCGCUUGUAUGACACUUCUUGGCUGAAGGUCGAAGGUAUUCGAAAGCGGGUAGAUGGUUGGAGGCGUCUGGAUUCUAAGAACCAUGAAGAUGGACAUAUCUGCAUCAUCAAUGAGAUGCAAGUUUUACAUAGAUAUGGGUGGAUUCAUGUAUAG